GCUUCGCAGAGCACCGGACUUGGAGUCAGAGAGACCUGGCUGCGAAUCCCGGCUCCGCCACUUUCUAGCGCUGUGACCUUGGUUUUCAGGUGGCGAAACUGACUGGUCUGGUUAGAGCGCGUCCAAGCCAAGCCGCAGUGCUGUUUGGAUUUUUAAAUUUCUCCUUCUGAGUGAGAAAAUAGCAAUCGAGAUGGAACCAUCCGCACAACAGCUCCAGCUGGCAGCAUCACUUCCCGCCAAUUUAUCCAACUUCUGCCAAGGCUCUGAAAUGCCAACAACGUCAAGGCCUGCACUUGAUGUCAAGGGUGGCACCUCACCUGCGAAGGAGGAUGCCAACCAAGAGAUGAGCUCCGUGGCCUACUCCAACCUUGCGGUGAAAGAUCGCAAAGCAGUGGCCAUUCUGCACUACCCUGGGGUAGCCUCAAAUGGAACCAAGGCCAGUGGGGCUCCCACUAGUUCCUUGGGAUCUCCAAUAGGCUCUCCUACCACCACCCCUCCCACUAAACCCCCAUCCUUCAACCUGCACCCCGCCCCUCACUUGCUGGCUAGUAUGCAACUGCAGAAACUUAAUAGCCAGUAUCAGGGGAUGGCUGCUGCCACUCCAGGCCAACCCGGGGAGGCAGGGCCCCUGCAAAACUGGGACUUUGGGGCCCAGGCGGGAGGGGCAGAAUCACUCUCUCCUUCUGCUGGUGCCCAGAGCCCUGCUAUCAUCGAUUCGGACCCAGUGGAUGAGGAAGUGCUGAUGUCGCUGGUGGUGGAACUGGGGUUGGACCGAGCCAAUGAGCUUCCGGAGCUGUGGCUGGGGCAGAAUGAGUUUGACUUCACUGCGGACUUUCCAUCUAGCUGCUAAUGCCAAGUGUCCCUAAAGAUGGAGGAAUAAAGCCACCAAUUCUGUUGUAAAUAAAAAUAAAGUUACUUACAAAGAGA